AUGACUAUGGUCCAGUUUCGCAAAUUUUCGCUUCGUGUCACAGAAGCAGAACAGUUUGCAAUACGAGCAUUUGGUAAAGCCGCUGGCUUAAACAAAGGAAACGGAUCUGGUGCACCUUCACCUGCUGAUCUUGCUCAAUGGAACGAAAGAUUCAAUUUUUUGAUCCAACGUUUGGCACAACCUCCGGAACAAUUGGUAACUUUGUUCCCAUCUACAAGAGCUAAGACAAGGUUGCCAUUCGGUGCACCUGCCUUGGAUGUUAUACGUAAAGCGCAAUUGGUAAUUGAAGGUCGCGACAUUUGGCAAUUGAUGACUGUAAUUGCAGUAAGUGCAAAUAUGACUCAACAACAAGUCUUGGUUACUGAAUUACGUAAAAGUUCUUAG